GGUUGCAAAGACUCCCACGCCCCGGCGGACCGUCCAACCUACUCUGACGCGCCCAGAGGUUAUUAAUAAGAGGGCGGUUAUCUUUCACACGGCGUACGAGUUAAUGAGGAGGACGAUGUUCUUACCAGCUGAAUCAAUAACGAAAGCAGAGAGAGUCUGAGCUAUUGAGGACAUUACACACUCCCUGAUCGCCGGAGUGUUUUUUUUUUGCAACCGUGUGACCAGGAUGCCUAUAACACGACAUCGAAGCAUUGAUAAAUGAUUGCAGCUCGGCGUACACAACAUAGUGGUGGAUCUCACCAUCAUCCCUGAGUCAGUUUAUUAACAACCUCCUUCUAUCCCUCGCCCUUCUCUCUUACUGGCGCACUUUUGCCUAAAACCUUGAAUGCGAACUGUUUUAUCAGUUGGGAGCACUUUUUGCAAGAUAAAAAAUAUUGAUUAAAAAUACCCCGCCGGCGUGACAGAACUUCCAAGGAGUUGGAUCGGGUGUCUCUGAGAGGGUGAAGUUUUGUGGCCGGGGGUCUCAAGGAUGGUGGCGCAGGUUGUGUGGAGCCCGGUGUGGAUGUUUUGGACACUAUUCGCCGCUCUCGCCUCUGCGGACUUGAGUCGCGUCCCUUCUCAGGCGAGGCAACAGGGAUCGGUGCAUGUGCACCUAGGCGCGCAAGCAUCGGCGAGGCGAUGGCGCCGCGGGGUUCUGGACGAGUUCCCCCGUCUGGGUGCACCCGGCUUGGGUCACGGUGGCAAAUCCCGCCGGGAGGCGGUGAAACUGACUAACCCGCGGCCGGAGGAGAUGGAACUGAACAGUACCACCUUCGCAUUGACCGGUGAUUCCGCGCACAAUCAAGCCAUGGUGCACUGGUCUGGGCAGAACAGUAGUGUGAUUCUCAUCCUGACAAAGCUCUAUGAUCACAACCUCGGGAGUGUCACAGAAAGCUCGCUUUGGAGGUCUACCGACUAUGGAACAACAUAUGAGAAGCUGAAUGAGAAAGUGGGCCUCAAAACUGUGCUGAGCUACCUCUAUGUCUGUCCUACCAACAAGAGGAAGAUAAUGCUUGUGAGUGACCCUGAGAUUGAGAGCAGUGUCCUAAUCAGCUCAGACGAGGGUGCGACCUAUCAAAAAUAUCGCCAGAGCUUUCAGAUCCAAACCAUGCUGUUCCAUCCACAAGAGGAGGAUUGGAUUCUGGCCUACAGCCAAGAUCAAAAGUUGUACAGUUCGAACGACUUUGGACGGAGGUGGCAGCUGGUGCAUGAGAGAGUCACUCCAAACCGCUUCUACUGGUCUGUAACAGAUUUGGACAAGGACCCAGACCUUAUACACAUUGAAACAAGGACUGAAGAUGGACAUGCUCAGUACAUCACCUGUAGGAUUCAGAACUGUUCAGAUGCAGCAAGCAGCACACCAUUUCCUGGUUACAUAGACCACAAUUCAUUGGUGGUUCAAGAUGACUAUAUAUUUGCACAGGUAACAUCAGGUGGACGGGUAACCUACUACGUGUCAUAUCGCAGAGAAAGCUUUGCAGAGAUGAAGCUCCCAAAAUAUUCAUUGCCCAAGGAUAUGCACAUUAUUAGUACGGAUGAAAACCAAGUCUUUGCUGCGGUGCAGGAAUGGAACCAAAAUGACACGUAUAAUCUGUAUGUGUCUGAUGCAAGAGGAAUCCACUUCACAAUUGCUUUGGAGAAUGUGAAAAGCAGCCGAGGCCCAGAGGGGAAUGUUAUGAUUGACCUUUAUGAGGUAGCAGGGAUAAAGGGAAUGUUCUUGGCUAACAAAAAGGUACAAAAGCAGGUCAGGACUUUCAUCACGUACAAUAAGGGACGAGACUGGCGAUUUCUGGAGGCUCCCACCACAGAUCUGAAAGGCAAGGACCUUCACUGCCUUCUGCCAUACUGCUCCUUGAAUCUGCACCUGAACGUGGCACCGAAUCCUUAUACAUCAGGCAACAUUGGCAGCAAGUACUCAGCCCCAGGCAUCAUUGUGGCUUCAGGCAACGUUGGCCCCAACCUACAAAUGGACCAGGACAGCCCCAGCAGCAGUAUGUUCAUCUCAUCAGAUGGGGGAAACUCCUGGAGACAGAUAUUUGAAGAGGAGCACAGCGUUUUAUUUCUGGAUCAAGGUGGUGCACUGGUGGCCAUUAAGCACACACCGCAGCCAAUCCGGCAUCUGUGGCUGAGCUUUGAUGAAGGGAGAUCCUGGAGUAAAUACAGCUUCACCUCAGUUCCUCUCUUUGUAGAUGGAGUUCUGGGUGAACCUGGAGAGGAAACUCUGGUAAUGACUGUAUUUGGUCACCUCAGCCACCGCUCUGAUUGGCAGCUGGUUAAAGUGGACUACAGGUCCAUCUUCAGUCGGAGGUGCAUGGAAAAUGAUUUCCAGGACUGGAAGCUGCAUACUCAGGGAGAACCUUGCAUCAUGGGGGAAACAAGGAUAUACAAGAGACGUCGCCCAGCAACACAGUGCAUUUUGGGGAAGAAAUACAGAGAAGUAGUGACUUCAGUGCCUUGUAACUGCACCGACAAGGACUUUGAGUGUGAUUUUGGAUAUGAGCGUCACUCUGAUGGGAGAUGCUUACCGGCCUUCUGGUACAACCCAUCCUUCAUGACCAAGGACUGUAGUAUGGGACAGAGCUACCUCAAUAGCACAGGGUACCGGAAGGUUGGUGCCAAUAAUUGCACUGAUGGCGUCUGGGAUCAGUACAUAGCCAAGCAACAUCAGUGCUCCAACCGACCUCCACGAGGUCUGCACCUCGUCACCAGCGACGGCAGACUAGCCACGAUGUCAGAACAGAACGUCACCUUCAUUGCCCAUCUGGAAGAGGGAGAUAUUCUGAGGACCAGCCUGCAGAUAGAAUUUGGCGACGGUACUGCAGUUACCUAUGCUAAUCUCAGCUCUAUCAAAGGAGGGAUCAAGCACGUGUACAAGCAGAGCGGAGUCUACCGUGUCAUUGCACAAGCAAAGAACAGCCUGGGAUCCACGCAAGCUAUCCUGUUCCUGCAUGUAAAUUGUCCUAUUCAGCAUGUGCACCUGGCUCUGCCGUACAUUGCCAUCACCAACCAAGAGGUGAAUUUGACAGCCAUAGUAUUGCCCAGUACAACGGGCCCUCUCACUUAUUUCUGGUGGAUUGAAAACAGGACUGAGCCCAUCAUCACCCUGGAGGAAAAAGCUUCUGUCAGGUUCUUCAAAGAAGGAAUAAACAGCAUCACCGUGCAAGUAUCUGCUGGCAAUGCGAUUCUCCAGGAUGUAAAGAGUAUAGCUAUAUUUGAUUCCUACCGCUCAUUGCUACUGUCAUUUACACCGAACUUGGAAGAUCACAACCCAAAUAUUCCUGAGUGGAGGCAGGAUCUGAGCAGGCUUGUCAAAAGAACUCUCGGAGAAGUCACGGCGUUACCAGAGCAACGGAUGUUGCUAGCCAUCCUCCCAGGGUUGCCAACAGCAGCAGAACUUUAUAUCCUCCCACAUCGAGACUCAGCCGAAGAGAGGUUAAGCAGCAUGAGUUUAGAUCAGAUUUUAGACAUGGUGAUUAACACAUUGAAUCAGAAUCGGAUUCAAUUUGAGAUAAAGCCUGGCAUUCGAGUCAUCGUUUCCACUGCUCAUCUCACAUUAGCUCCUCUGGUGGAUUCCAGCGCAGGACACAGUGGUUCAGCUCUGUUGAUGCUGUUGUCUUUGGCCUUUGUCGGCUUAGCUGUGUUUGUAAUCUACAAGUUCAAAAGUGCUCUGAGCAGCCUCAUCCACCAUGUUGGAGGGACCGUCAGAGAGGAGUGGCCGUUGCGGACACCUGGAGAGAAUCCAACAACGACAGAAAGCGAAAGCACAAAGGAAAUUCCAAGCUAUGUUUAACACUGAGACUGCUGAAUCCACAUUGGAGAUGAACUUUUCUAUCCGACAACACACAAGGUUUUAGCUUUAAAACUGUGCAUGUGGAUGGUGAUGACACAGAUUGCUUAUUGUAUCUAUUUGAAUAAAAAAAUCCUUUUUCUAUUACCAAAAAAAAAGACAAAAAAAACUUUCUUGUAAAUUGAUUUAAAGAAUGUGGUGUCUAGGUCUUAAAGAUACAUAUAGUAUAUUCAGUGUAAAAGGUAAUACUUUCAGACAAAGAGCACACAUGUACUUAAACAAGUCAUACCAUCGCACAGGAUACACCCUCCUCACCCUUUACAUAUAUUACAGGUGAGUAUCUAGUCACCUUCUGUUUAUUCAGGGCCGCCCCUGAGUUCAAAGCUAUGAGGAUUUUUUUUUUAAUAGAAUAAAAGAAGGGAAACUCUGUAGCAGCAUCAGGGUGGGUAACCAGUGACAGGUCUCAAUAUAACUAGCUUAUAGAACCAGAGGGGAAGAUGAAGAGACUCGUUUAACUCAGCAACUUCCUGAGAUAUGGAAUAUGCUGUCUGAAAAGGUGAAGGGAAAUUCAGUAAGCAAUGUUCAAUGAUGGGCAAUUGGAUAAAUACUUGAAAUGGAUAAAUAUGCAAGGCUGUAUGGAAAGAACUGCAAGAAGUGUUGGUCUAAUUGGAUAGAUCGUUCAAAGAUGCUGCAAAGUUAUCUGUGAUUUCCCCAAAGCAUUAAUCUGGUUCCCUGCUCCUUAAACUUACUCUUUCCUGACUCUAUAAAUUAACUUUGGUGGGUGAUCUAAGGUACAGCUCAAACCACUGUAAAAGGCGUUGUAGGGAGUCUGUUUAAUUAAGAAAUAACAAUUAAAAGGGGAGGGAGUUGUAGCUAUGGAAUGCCUUUGGAAUGAAGGUCAGACCCCUGGGUUUGGUCACAUUCACUGCCUACGUUCCUGCAGACACCAGCAUACCUCUUCCUCUUCAUCCGUUCUGUCUCCUUCAAUUGGCAACACGAGUUGUCCCGCUGUCAGAUGUAGGCUCAUCCAAUUACUAACUGAACCAAUGGUAGCCACGUACUGGCUGCUCCUAUCACCAGCACUGCAUGGCCUACUCUGUGUUCUCUAGUUACAAGUCCAAUGCAGACUUGUUUCCAACACUCUUCCUGUCUACUGCCAUCUCUCACAUUCUUACCUUUCCAAUCCCCAGUCCUGUGCCAUGGUAUUUGUACCAAAUCAGUGCAACAAUGCACCUGAUGAAGUGUUACCUUUUGACCUGUGUGUACUGUAAUAUGCUGCAUGCUUACAAGAAACAGCACCUAUUGUACACUACCGGUGUGCUUGGUUUUCUUGUUUCAGUUGCAUAUUGUACUGUAUAAAGUAUUAGUCGCAUUAUAAAUCAGUUCGCAAAAUUAGACUCAAGCUUUCAUAAUGAUCAAGGAGAAAGGGAAAUAAAGAUAUCUUGGGAAGCUAUUUAAACCCCCAUGCUUUUGCAGAAUGUGUCAUCCCUUUCACUGGAAGUAUGAUCUUCAAAAUACUACAGCAGAACCUUAAAUGUCGUUAAAACAGAAAGUUGGGAAACAAAUGCAUUAAUAUGAAGGGAAAGCCCUGAAAAAGUGCUAUCACCCACUGGGUCAGAAUAACACCAUCAUUUGGACUAAGGAUCCUUGAGUUUAAGUCUCUAUAUGCCAGCUAGGGAAUUUAAUUACAUAAAUCUGACAUAAUAAAUUAGCACCAGUAAAGAUAGCUAUGAAAUUUAAUAGAACAUUGUAAAGAGGAUCCAUCUGGGCUCACUGUAAUCAUUUAAGGAAGGAAGCCUGUUGUGCUGGUCUACAUUUGACACCAGAUCAUAGCAAUGUGACUGACUCUGAAAUGGCCAAGCCAGCCAAUUAAAGUUGAAAAUAAUGUUCUUUGGGCAUUGCAUUAACUCAGGGGCCAGGAAGAGACAAAAAUGGGAGGGGAAAUCGAGUUUGCUCAAAUUAGUGUUAGUGGUGCAGGAGCUAAUUUGGCAAUGGGAAUCACGAAGGAACAGUGUGGAGCUUGAAAAGAAGGUGGAGGUAAGAAAGCUUAAAGUCUUUCAUCAGUAGACCUCUCUUCAAUCAUUUAGUCCUGUUGUUAUUUGAGUAUUAAAACCUUUCUGAAAGAAAUCCUGAUCCUAUUCAUCAUUCACACUUUAAUCUUAAGAUAAGUUUAAAGCCAAAUGAAGUAAAAUAAACACAGUCAUGAGAAAAAUAAUGAUACGAGCCAAACUAUUAAUGGAGCAGUGCUUUGUGUAGAUAUGAGCGGACCUGAGAUGUAAUUGCUGUAUUUUUCUCAACCAUUUUUUCCUGAAGAAACCAUGACUGUUUACCAUUCUAUUGGCCAAUCAAAAGCCUACAUCCAUAAUUCAGAAACAACAGGA